GAAAGCCAGAAUGAUAAAUAUAAGUUUGAAUUCAAAAAUUUCUUCGUUGGAAUACCAGAUCGAAGAUUUGGAAAAGAAACACGAAGAACGUGUGCUGCAAGAACAUAUUAAAACCAAGGAAAUAAUUGAGAAACUCAAGUGUGAACAGCAAUCGUUAUUGACGGAUGCUGAUAGAAGGAUAUUCUACUAUAAACAAAAGAAUGCCGAGCAUCAAAAGGAACUUAGCAUGCAGAAAAUGAUCAUCGAAAAGAUGAAAGAAGAUCGAGAAAAAAUAUUAAAAGAAGUGCAAGAACUCAACAUUAUGUUGUACUCUACAUGUACUAACGCCCGAAAAAAUGAGGAACAGCUUGAAAGGUAAACAUCAUUGUUAUCAUG